GAAUUGUCCAGGUCGGAGACUUGGCAGAAGGCUGCAGAUCUCUGAGGAUUCAGAAGGAGACAAAUAACAAAAUGAACAGUCUAGCUAUUAAGAGAAUAACAAAUGAAAUUAUCAAAUCACCUGAAGAUAAGCGGGAAUAUCGUGGACUGGAAUUGGCAAAUGGCAUUAAAGCACUUCUCAUCAGCGACCCCACCACAGAUAAAUCUUCGGCAGCACUUGACGUACACAUAGGAUCCUUGUCAGAUCCCCCCAACAUUGCGGGGCUUAGCCAUUUUUGUGAGCAUAUGCUGUUCCUGGGGACCAAGAAAUACCCCAAGGAGAACGAGUACAGCCAGUUCCUUAGCGAGCACGCCGGCAGCUCUAACGCCUUCACCAGCGGCGAGCACACCAACUACUACUUCGACGUGUCGCAUGAGCAUCUGGAAGGUGCCCUGGACAGAUUUGCCCAGUUUUUCCUGUGCCCUUUGUUUGAUGAGAGCUGCAAAGACAGGGAAGUGAAUGCAGUUGAUUCUGAGCAUGAGAAGAAUCUAAUGAAUGAUGCCUGGAGGUUGUUUCAGUUGGAGAAGGCUACUGGAAACCCCAAUCAUCCCUUCAGUAAAUUUGGAACAGGGAACAAACUCACUUUGGAAACUAGACCAACCAAAGAAGGAAUAGAUGUAAGACAAGAGCUAUUGAAGUUCCAUUCUACUUAUUAUUCAUCAAAUUUAAUGGCUAUUUGUGUUUUAGGAAGAGAAUCCUUGGAUGAGCUGACUAGUUUAGUGGUGAAGUUAUUUUCAGAAGUAGAAAACAAAAAUGUCCCUAUACCAGAGUUUCCUGAACAUCCUUUUCAAGAAGAACACCUCCGGCAACUCUACAAAGUGGUACCCAUUAAGGACAUUAGAAAUCUCUAUGUCACAUUUCCUAUACCAGACCUUCAGAAAUACUACAAAUCAAACCCUGGUCAUUAUCUUGGUCAUCUGAUUGGGCAUGAAGGCCCAGGGAGCCUUUUAUCAGAGCUUAAAGCCAAAGGCUGGGUAAAUACUCUAGUUGGAGGGCAGAAGGAAGGUGCUAGAGGUUUCAUGUUUUUCAUCAUUAAUGUGGACUUGACAGAGGAAGGACUUUUGCACGUUGAAGAUAUUAUUUUACACAUGUUUCAAUAUAUUCAAAAAUUACGCACAGAAGGACCUCAAGAAUGGGUUUUCCAAGAGUGCAAGGAUCUAAAUGCUGUGGCUUUCAGAUUUAAAGAUAAAGAACGACCAAGAGGUUAUACAUCGAAACUUGGAGGAAUGUUGCAUUAUUAUCCUAUAGAGGAAGUGUUGGCUGCUGAAUAUUUGCUUGAAGAAUUCAGGCCAGAUUUAAUAGAGAUGGUAUUAGACAAACUGAGACCAGAAAAUGUUCGAGUUGCAAUAGUUUCUAAGUCUUUUGAAGGAAAAACUGAUCGAACGGAAGACUGGUAUGGAACACAGUACAAACAAGAAGCAAUUUCUGAUGAAGUCAUUAAGAAAUGGCAAAAUGCUGACCUGAAUGGGAAAUUCAAGCUCCCAAUGAAGAAUGAGUUCAUUCCUACUAACUUUGAGAUUUUGCCAUUGGAAAAAGAUGCAACACAGUACCCAGCCCUUGUCAAAGACACUGCUAUGAGCAAACUAUGGUUCAAGCAAGAUGACAAAUUUUUUUUGCCAAAGGCUUGUCUCAACUUUGAGUUUUUCAGCCCAUUUGCUUACGUGGAUCCCUUGCAUUGUAACAUGGCCUAUUUGUACCUUGAACUACUCAAAGACUCCCUCAACGAGUAUGCAUAUGCAGCAGAACUAGCUGGCUUGAACUAUGAUCUCCAAAAUACCAUCUAUGGGAUGUAUCUUUCUGUAAAAGGUUAUAAUGACAAGCAACAUAUCUUGCUCAAGAAGAUCAUUGAGAAAAUGGCCACUUUUGAGAUUGAUGAGAAAAGAUUUGAAAUUAUCAAGGAAGCGUAUAUGAGAUCACUUAACAACUUCAGGGCGGAACAGCCUCAUCAACAUGCAAUGUAUUAUCUCCGACUCCUGAUGACCGAAGUUGCUUGGACCAAAGAUGAGUUAAAAGAAGCUCUAGACGAUGUCACUCUUCCCCGUCUCAAGGCCUUUAUAUCUCAACUGUUGUCACGGUUACACAUUGAAGCUCUUCUCCAUGGCAAUAUAACAAAACAGGCUGCCUUAGGAAUUAUGCAGAUGGUUGAGGACACUCUGAUAGAGCACGCUCAUACCAAGCCACUUCUUCCCAGUCAGCUAGUGAGAUACAGAGAAGUGCAACUUCCUGACAUGAUAAAAUCCUGGAACCAGACUGUUAAAACUGAGAAUUUGCAGAAGACAGGUUACAUUGUCUUCAGCGGUCCGCGUCGGGCAAAUGGCAUUCAGGGACUGCGAUUUAUUAUCCAGUCUGAAAAGCCACCACACUACUUAGAAAGCAGAGUUGAAGCAUUCUUAAAAACUAUGGAAAAGUGCAUAGAAGAUAUGACAGAAGAGGCCUUCCAAAAACACAUCCAAGCUUUAGCAAUUCGUCGCCUAGACAAACCAAAGAAGUUGUCUGCAGAAUGUGCUAAAUACUGGGGAGAAAUAAUUUCCCAGCAGUAUAACUUUGACAGAGAUAACAUUGAAGUGGCUUAUCUAAAAACCCUGACCAAGGAUGAUAUCAUACAGUUCUACAAGGUGCUGUUAGCAAUAGAUGCUCCCAGAAGACACAAGGUAUCAGUACAUGUCCUUGCAAGGGAAAUGGAUUCCUGCCCUGUUGUUGGAGAAUUUCCAUGCCAAAAUGAUGUGAACCUGGCACCAGCACCAGCACUACCACAGCCAAGUGUGAUUGAAAAUAUGACAGAAUUCAAGCGCAGUCUGCCACUCUUUCCACUGGUGAAACCACAUAUCAAUUUCAUGGCUGCAAAACUGUGAAGAAUCCCAAUGGAUGAAGAAAUGCAAAUGAUCAGUACUGACAAGGUUUUAAGGGAUUUCAUGAUGAACAAAAUUAUUAAAAAUUAUUAGGAUAAAUGGUUCUGUCCAUUAUGAAAAUCCUGCAUAUGUUCUUGGUUCAUUCGACAUUAACUGUGUGCUAGGGAUAGAGAGUAUAGAAAAAUCAGUUGUGGUCAUGUGUCAUUUAUAUUGCAGAAAGCCUGUUGAAAACCAAAAUCAGAUGA